CAAGCCACCAGCACUUGAUCCAGAUAUCCUAGUCAUCCAUCCAUACCAUUACGGAUCGUGACGAGGAAAGUUCCCAGUGGCAAUGCUCCGAUCAGCGGCUGCAACGCACUCUCAGCAGAUCAAGCGCGCUGUCGGUCGCCAGUUUGCGUCCGCCGCGGCAGCAGCUGCUGAAAGCGCGCGGAAGAGCAAGCCGAAAGGGAAGUCGGCGGCAGGAAGCAGCGGGGGGAAGAAGAAGGCUCUGGAAGACCAGGGGAAGGCGUCGACCGUUGUAGAGGCGGCGCUUCGCCAUGCUCGAGUAGAACCUCCUAAUCUGGAUGAGGCAACUCGAGCGGAGGAGACCCGCAUGGCGAAGGAGUAUUCGAGGCUGAUGAUGCAGCAGCACCACCAGCAGAGAGGAGCUGAGUCAGCCAGACUCAAGCUCAAGCUGGCAGCCAUCCAAGCCCUGCCCGCUGGCAAACUCAGGGAUGCUGCCAUGCUCCCGGAUUUCACUCCCUUCCCAUCCAACCGCAUCCCACCAUCACUCACACCUCCAAUAAAGGAGUUGCAGGAGGAAAGAGCAAGGUCUAGUGACCAACAAGUAGUGAGAAAGAUUAGGUGAUAUGGCUAUUUGCCUCUAGUGGCCUCUCAUCUCAGGUAAAGAAAUAUUCCAUCGUAUUGUGCAUAAAAUUGCCACCCAAUGAAGUUUUUAUAAACUU